UUUACUUACUUUCGACUAACGUGUUUGAUGAUGAGGAUUUUAGAGGAAAUAUUUUAGUAAAACAAGUAUAUAAGCUUUGUGCUAGAGUGUGUAAAUAAAUGAAACAUACUGUCAUUAACUUAGGUGUAAAAUUGAAAGAAUCACCGUAAAACGCCAUCGGUAGCAAAUAUGUCACACCAUACAUGGCAAGAUAUGCAGGCGUGUUUGACGGAACAGAAAUCUCAACGCACGCGCAAUAACGAUUUGGUAGCUUCGGUUGUUUUGUCAGCUAAUGUUAGCUAGAUAGUAUGAAUAAAUGGGGAUUUUAGGGAUAAAAGUUGUUCUAUAACCAUCUACUGUGUUUCUUUUUCGUUGUAACUUAUACGGAAUACAGAAUAAACCGAUUUAACAACUAUACUGUGUUUAAUAAAAGAUGUCCUUCAGGAUUGUACGACAGAGCAAAUUUCGUCAUGUUUUUGGACAGCCACUGAAAAGAGAGCAGUGCUACGACAACAUCAGGAUUACCAAGAACUCCUGGGAUUCUAAUUUUUGUGCUGUUAACCCAAAGUUUUUGGCAAUUAUUACGGAAAUAGCAGGAGGAGGCGCAUUUCUAGUGUUACCAUUAUUCAAAACAGGAAGAAUUGAUGUCAGCUAUCCUCAGGUUGCAGGUCACAAGGGCCCCGUGAUGGACAUUGCAUGGUGUCCUCACAAUGAUAAUGUCAUAGCAAGUGCAUCUGAUGAUACCUUUGUCCGUGUUUGGCACAUUCCUGAUGGAGGUUUGGUCCGACCUUUGGUUGAUCCUGUUGUUGAGCUGAUGGGUCACCAAAAGAGGGUUGGUCUAAUACAGUGGCAUAUGUCUGCCAACAAUGUAUUGUUAAGUGCAGGUGAGACUGAAGAUCUUAUGGGGCUGUUUUACAUGAGAAUUUUAAAACUUAACGACAUUCUGUAUGUUGGAAUGAAAUACUUAGUUGGACAAAUGGUACCCUCAGACGAGGCUAUGGGACACGAAGGAACAAAGCCACAACGAGCUAUUUAUUUAAGGAAUGGCUUGAUUUUUACUACAGGCUUUUCUCGGAUGAGUGAACGACAGUAUGCUUUGCGGAGUGAA